UUGCGAGUAGAAAAGCAAAGCGGUGAUCCGUCGUUGGCUCGCCAACGAAGUCUUUGUUUCCUGUGUUCCUUUCUUCAUCUGAUCAUCGAUCAAUUUGUAAAGUCAGUCAGUCACUGAUUGAAGAAACCUCAACACUUGAUCUGCUAAGAGCUAGCUAGAAAGGGUACGCAGCUCAGCAGGGGCGGAGGGAGGAUAGUUGCACACCCUGAAGUACCAUAGGAAACUACAAAUACAUCAUACAUAGUUACAUACUGCAUGUAUAACUAGUUAACUUUCAACAUAUUUUCAUUCAGAUCAGACUUACCAGAUCUAUUGCUCUUCUUGCAACCUCCCAACUAUGAUGAGGUUUUGACUUCACGUUAUGACUCCAUUAUUUUUCCUUCUUAAAGUGUAGCCAAGUUUCGUCCUGAUGGGGUCAUCUAAUUCUAAACCACAUCCAGCCUCCGCAGAAUCCCCACCAUAUUAUUCUAAACCAUCUCCAUCUUCCCCGAAACCCCCACCAUAUUCUAAACCACCUUCAUCCCCAGCUUCUUCUAAACCACCUUCAUCUCCAGUUUCCCCACAACCCCCAGCAUAUUCUUCUAAGCCACCUUCAUCCCCAGCAUAUUCUUCUAAACCACCUUCAUCUCCAGCUUCCCCACAACCCCCACCAUAUUCUUCUAAACCACCUUCAUCCCCAGCUUCUUCUAAACCACCUUCAUCUCCAGUUUCCCCACAACCCCCAGCAUAUUCUUCUAAGCCACCUUCAUCCCCAGCAUAUUCUUCUAAACCACCUUCAUCUCCAGUUUCCCCACAACCCCCAGCAUAUUCUUCUAAACCAUCUUCAUCUCCAUCUUCCCCAAAGUGCCCUCCUGUCUUUAAGUCAGUUCUACGCCCAGCAUCCUCCUCCUCAAAUAAUGAUGAUAUAAGUCAACACCAACAAUAUGAGAAGAGAACAGCUUUUGUGUGUCUUGAAAAGGAUCCAUUACCUGUAUUCAUGAUUCCUGAGGAUAUCGAAGCCUUGAUCAAGAAAGAAAUUGCGCCCAAAGUUCUGAAUCGCCCAUUAUCUCCCACAACAUACAAGGACUACUUUGCCGCUCUCUUAUAUUCUGAAGAUUUCUACUUGGAGAAAUGGAGUGAUUUCCUUUUGAAGGGUGUGACAUUAGCGUUGGAUGAAAGUUCAAUUUAUAAAAACCGGAAAAAGGAAGCACUUUAUAAAAAUCGGAAAAAGGAAGAUAAGGAAGACAAAACCUUUGUAGCAUUUGAGCUUGAUUGUGUUCCUCAAAAACGGCCAUUCCUCUUAUCAAGGGACUUGGUCCUUGCACGACCAGUGGGUAAGAGUACUGCUGAGCCCUUUAAGGGCCUCAUCUAUAAAGUUGUUGGGAGCAAUCGCGUUUUGGUUGAAUUUGAGGAUGGAUUUUAUUCUUAUCAUCAUUCCAACAAAAAAUAUGAUAUCAGCUUCUCAUUCAAUAGAGUUUGUUUGAAAAGAGCCCACCAUGCAGUAAAAGCUGCAUCAGAUGCUUUGUUUCAGAACUUCCUCUUCCCUGACUGUGACUCACGAGCAAGCAUUCCUACUGCACCAGCUCUGCUUUCUACUACCUGUCAUAAGCUUGAUCAAGAUCAACGUUCUGCAGUCGGACAUAUCUUAAGGAUUCAGGGCUCACCACCUUAUGUAGUAACUGGUCCGGACUGUGAAGGCAAAUCUUUUGCAUAUUUAAGAGAACCUUCAAGAACUGGAGUGGUUGUUAGUGAAGCAGUAUACCAAUUAUGUCAGAAGUCACCAGAGUAUCGCAUUCUUAUCUGUGCGCCUACUAACAGCUGCUGCGAUAUGCUGAUGAGAAGCUUGGUGAAGGUGAUUCCAGAGUCGACUAUGUUUCGUGCCAAUGCUGCAUUCCGAGAGAGAGAUGAGGUGCCUGAGGACAUCCUCCGCUCAUCCCUUUACAAAGAGUCUUGUUUUUCUUGUCCUGCAAUAGAGAAACUCCGGGAAUACAAGGUGAUUUUCUCAACUUUCAUGAGUAGCUUCCGACUACAUGAUAAAGGCAUAGCUGCUGGACAUUUUAGCCAUAUUUUUCUGGUGGAUGUUUCAUCUGCUAUUGAGCCGGAAACAUUGGUCGCCCUGACUAACUUCGCUGUCAAGGCCACUAGUGUUAUAGUUACUGGUAAUCAUGGAAAUAGUCCGCUCUGGGUUCGCGCUGACAUUGCAAGGAAAAAGGGACUCAAGAUUUCAUACUUUGAACGACUCUGCAAGCUCAGGCCAUAUAGAAGCCCCAGUCCAAUGUUCAUCACACAACUAGACCUGAACCAAAAGUCAGAGUACCAAACAAGACCUUUCUGAGUUCCUUUUUUGGUUGCUUGAGUAUUUCAGGUCUCAAGUGCUGCAGAUAGUUUUUAUGUAUUGAACUUUAAAACAGUUUCUGUAGAUAUCAUGUAUGAAACUCGUUUUUCAAAUACACAAGGCAUUCAGCUAUUUGCUUUUUAUAAUUUUUAGUUGAUCAUCUGGUUAGACUGCUUAUAAACAGAGAAAUAAAACCACAAUCUUUCCU